UCAUCUGUGUGGAUUGAAAAAUAAAGUUGAAUUAUUAAUUUGGGAGAGAAGAGAUUUAAAGAAGAGAAAUUGAGAUGACAUGUCGGCUCUGCUGGCAACUCGAUCAAGCUAACGACGCCAACGAUUUGACAUUGUGUGUCACCGAUAGGAUCUUGUCCGCUUGAUCGAUUGGGGAGGAGGGAACUUGAUUCAGCCGGUGGGGUAGAAAAAAAAGAAGAAGAAAAAUGGGGAACUCAAAAAAAGAGACGGUCGAAUCGCGUCUUUUGGCCUUUGCUCUUAACGCCAAGUUGAACACGAAGAACGGGUUCCACUACUCCGGAUGAGACGCUUCGAUGGGAUUCAAUUAAAAAUCUAUCAAUAGAGCAGCCAAGGAACUAUACAGAAAAGUGUAUAAGACGCUUGAAAAUGGUGCGACGACCGGACUGUGAAAUGAUUUGCUUGCGAUGGAGGAAUAGUUGGAAGGGGGGGGAGAUCUCUUUCUUUUGCUGAUCUAAGCUCCUUCUCCUGGGCAUGCUCUUCUCUCUUUUGUCGCUCUUUAUCUCUCUGGCCGAGCGUGAACUCACUCCCCCUCUUCUUCUGCCCCCUUAAAAAAAAAGAAAAUUCGUUAAAAAAUACGGGAAGAGAAAAAGUCUUUUCCGUCUGCUGGAAAAUCCGUCGAAAAUGAGCACAAUAACAAAAGAAGAAGAAGAAAAAACUUAUUAUUCUUCUUCUGCUCAUCGCUGUACCUCCUCCCUUUUUUUCUAUUAUAACCAACUUUUUUUGCGCGUGAGACACACUACGGUUGUCGGAGGAGUGAAAACAAAUCCGCUAGAGGUCUCGGUCCCUUCAUCCGUAUCCGGCUACUUUUCUAACUACCACGAUUACUACUAUAGUGCUACUACAUACUGUCCAGGGCCAAGAGGAAAGGGGGGGGGGAUCUUUUCUUCUUUCAUGCCAGGAUAGCCACAAUAGAAAUUUUUCCUUCUGGGUGACAUGGAAAGAAGGGAGAAACAAAAUAAAAGAGAGAAGCCUUUGGUGUGUGUGAGCUCUCCCCUGUACAGUAAUUUAACACUGGACCCUGGGCUCGGAUGUCUCUUGACGGUUUCCCUUCUUUAUCUUGAUUCCCCCCUCUUUUUUUUUUUUCUUUUCUCUCUCCAGUCUUCUUUAUGUUCCAGCACAUUUUGACGCUUUUGAACGUGAACAUACACACAUAGACGAGCAUCUGUUUAAAGGGAGGUUAUCUGAUAAAUAAUUCCAGUCUCGUCUCUCUAUAACUCUCCCUGGGCUCUUCUUUCCUUUUUUUGACUAGUCUAUUUUUUGUUGUUUUUUAAAAGAAAUAAAAAUGGUGGGACCCUCAGGUAUAUGUCGUCCUUGCCCAAUGGAAUGAUGCUGGCCAACUUUUGCACGACAUAAUUUAAAAUACGAAACUGGUCUUCUGCCCUUGGAAGAAUUUCAGAUGACCCUCGAAAUCGAUAAGGAUUCUUUGGCUUUUGUGUCCCACAAAGUUAGUUUUCCAGGGGGCUUAUUAUUAUUUUUACUUCUAAAUUAUACUACUCUAGUUGCGUAGUUUCGCCGAAGAAUUGCUAAUGCUGUUUUGAUUAAAGCUUUUGUUAUUUUCAAUGUCUUAAUGCCUUUCUUCGUGAUUGGAAUAAUCAAUGCGAAACUGGAAGGGGGGGGGAGAAUUGUGUGUGUGUCUACACUGGAUCAAGGUCGAUGUGUGUGUACAACUACGAGCUACGACUAUUGUUUUGCCUUAUACAGGGCGGCGGCGGCUGCGUCGUCGUCGCCGUCGCUCCCUUUUUUGUUAUCUAAAUGCUCAAUUCGAUUUGGUCUCAUUUGUCUGUUGUGUCGUCUUAUAGUUACUGUCGCCGACGGAACAAUAGAAAAAAGAAUAGACAAAAAUUCCUCUUUUUCGAAAAUUACGCCUAGGACUCACGCUUUUCAUCACGACUCACGAUCGUUAACCUGUGGUCUGGUAGCAGUUGGGGUGGGUGUUUCUUUUUAUGACACGGUCCGGCAAUCACGUCGGGGCCCCCCUUCUAACUCCUGUAAUCAUCGUUCAACCUAACCUUCUUGUUUCUUUCCCCCUUUCUUGGCUUUACAACCGCGAAUACCGAGAACUAAAAAAUAAAAAAAAAAAGAUAAUCAAAGCAAAUGGGAGGAGAUGGAUGGACGGGGACUGAACCAUUUUUUGACAUUCACGAAACCCACCGAUCUUUUUGGCUGAAUUAUGCAGCUGAGUAAUUCUAUUAUAGGCGAAGGGAGUGAGGUGUUUUAUAUUAUUAAUACCUUGGGAUUGAGUUCGUCGAUGCUCUUCUCCCACGGUGGAAUCUUGCUGUGGUGAUCGAGCCUGAAAUAAAAAAAGAAUAAAUUGGCUUCCAUUAAAAGAUUGAAAGUUCAAUUUUUGACGAGAUCCAGAAAAACUCAAUCCCCCCCACCACAAAAAAUCGUUGGGGGCCAUCUGUGUACCGCUGCACUCGUUCCCAUCUGCUUCAUUAUGUUAAUAGAAAAUAUUAAAAAUAGCUUAUUUAAAGAGGUUCUUCUCUUGAGCUCCCCCCCUCCUGGACACAUGUGAGGCUUCUUCGUCGACUGCUGGGGUAGGAGAAAUAUAUUUCUUUUUUUUUCAUUUCUGAUCCCGUGUUAACCGGAUCAUUUCAAACUCGGCUGCCGGACACGGGAAACCUUAGACUCGACUCUAACGAGCUUCCGUCCGUUCGGCCCCGUCCAUCGUCAGCAUUCCCAAGUGAUACAUUCUUAAAUCAAUUGCACUAAAGGUAGGAAGGGAAUCCCUUGUAAGGCAAGCACAGGUUCCCCCCUCUCUUUUCUAUCCUGAAUCCCCUUUUUUGUGUAUCAUUUCGAGAGUCCCCCAGGUGGGCCGUUCCGGCCUUUUCCAGUUAGUCGCCAGUGGUCCACCAUCGGAAAUUGACGUGCUUUCUCUUUACUUGUCAUUAACCUGCAUUUUGUUGUUUGUUUGUGUGCUGUGUUAACUUGUUUCGAAGAGGAGAAAAGGCUCGACCUAACGAACGGGGAUGGAUAGCAAUAGCAACGGUUCUGCCGGCCGCGGAAUGAAAACGGAUGUCGGAAUGAGCGGACUGGCCUUGGAUCAGAGCAGCUCUUCCGGUCGCUCGACUCCGACCGACCUGCCGCACAACAAGCUCUUUGUGGGCGGUCUCAGCUGGCAAACGUCGGCCGACAAGCUGCGCGAGUACUUUGGCCAGUACGGCACCAUUAUCGACGUUCAGGUCCUCAAGGAUCCUCUCACUCAGAGAAGCCGAGGCUUUGGCUUCAUCACCUUCGCCGAAGCGAGCAGCGUGGAUCGCGUGCUGGCCGUCCCUGCGCACACGCUCGACGGCAAGAAGAUCGACCCGAAACACGCGACGCCCAAGAACAAAGGCAAAGCGACGCCUUCAUCCAAGACGAAGAAGGUCUUCGUCGGUGGCGUCAGUCAGGACACGUCGGCCGACGAAGUCAAGGCCUAUUUCAAUCAAUUUGGACGCGUCGAGGAGGCCGUCAUGCUGAUGGACCAGCAGACGAAACGUCACCGCGGAUUCGGAUUCGUCACAUUCGAGAGCGAGGACGUCGUUGAUCGCAUCUGCGAGAUUCACUACCACACCAUCAAGAACAAGAAGGUGGAAUGCAAGAAAGCCCAGCCCAAGGAGGCCAUUCUGGCCUCGACCACAACGGCCCUCCUGGCUGCCAAACGUAGCGUGCUUCUCAAUGGUCUCGGCGUGGCUGGAUUGGCUCCGGGAGUGGCUCACGUUCAACAAUCGGCUGCCGGACAGGGAGCCGCCCAGCAGUUUUUGGCCGCUCAAGCGGCUCAAGUCCAGGCUGCCGUUGCGGCCCAUCAACAGCAGGCCGCUCAGGCUCAGUCGGCCGCUGCUGCCGCUGGCUACGGAAAACUCUUGGCCAGCUAUCCGGCAUUAGCCAGCUACCGCUACAGUCCUUAUUCACUACCCGGCGCUGCCCAGGGUAACGCCCAGGCUGCAGCUGCAGCAGCAGCCGCAGCCGCCGCGGCUGCCGCUUCUUCCGGUCACCAUCAUCACCACCACGCCAUGUCGACCGCUUCUCCAGCCGCACAACAGGCGGCCGCCUACCAAGGAUACAGCCUGGCCAACGUGGACAUGUCCAGUUUUCAGGGAGUCGACUGGAGCCAAAUCUACGGAAUGGGAAUGUACGUCUAGCUGCCCCCCUUCACUUGACGGCGCAAGAAGUUUAAAAAAAAGAAAAAAAUUGUGUGGAAAUCGACGACCUUUUUUCUCUCUCCCUUUCUUGUUCUUUUCCUCUUUCUUACCUUUAUCAAAUUUUUUCAUUUUUCUCAUUUUCUUGUCGAAACCAACGAGCUUCCAGCACCACACCCACAUAAAAAAAAAACCUACAACGACAUUGUUUGUUGUAACUUGUUCAAUUGUGGAGGGAAAAACGAGGAGAGACGAGUGAAGUAAUAAGUUGAAAAAGAAAAUAUCACUUGAGCUCCUCAAAAUUGUUUGCGUGUCGGUGUUUAUUAUGAUACCCUCCUCUCUCCCCCCCCCCUCUAUAUAUCUUAAGAAAACUCUUUGUCCUUUCACUUAUUACUUAAUAUCACGUGUCAUAUUGGAGCCGAAUCGUCAAUGGAGCCAGAAAAGAAAGAAGGAGAGUAAUACUAAUAAUGAAAUAAUCAGAAAUCAUUCAACGAGCAAUAUGCGUUUUUAACUUCUAUCGUCUAUGCAGAGCGAGCCAGAUGUUUUUGUCCGUGUUUUGUUUGUUUGUAUGUUUCUCUUCUUUGGAACAUUUUUUUUUGUUUUCUCGACCCUCAAGAAAAAGAGGAGUAACGUACCGCGCGACCGAUUUGAAAUUUGAAAUUGAAAAAAUUUAAUUCUUGAAAAAAAAAAUGUGUUUGAAAUGAAAUGAUCCGUCGCUCCUCUUUUUGUUACACAUGUUGGAUCUCAGCCUCCCAUUAUAAAUUUUUUUUUGUUUCUUGAUCGUCACAUCCCCCCGAGUCCCACCUUUCUCUAAUUCUUGCCAAUUGGACAAUUCAGUUCUUGCCUGCUCCUGAAAAAAUCGAGUAUAAUUGAUCCUUUUUGAAAUUUUAGGAUCGUUGUCCCCUGAUUCCCCAUCCCAAACAAAAACAAUUGAUUUAGUCGUGUGUUAUAUAUACGUAUGUUCAUCUCUGGCCCUUUCAAGCAGCUCUUCAUUUAUUUUUUUUUGGGUUACGUCAAUUCACUUUAUUGUGUGUGUGUGUGCCUCGACUACCUCCUUUCUUUUUUGUUGCCAUCUUCGCCAUGAAUUUUGUGUUUGCCCACUUGAUCACGCCCUCGCCCACCCACGACUCCACCUCAUUUUCAAGAUGAUUCUCUAUGCAGGAACAAAAAGAAAAAAAACAUAAUGAAAAGGACUGGAAACAUCCUUUCUCUUCUCGAUUGUCAUUUCAGUUUAUUUUGCCGUGUGUGUGUGUGUGCGUGUGCUGAUUUAUUAUUCAAUCUUUUGAAUUCACGAAGAGAAGAGCUCCUGCCGCCACCACCUCCUCCUCCGACCCAUCAUUUCUUCACAUCACACAACAGUUAAAUCCUCUUCUGAAAAAUUUCGGGUCCCCGGAACGUGCCAAAAUAACAAAAAACAGUCCCCCUAUCCCCCCUCUACUCUUCGCACGACGACAUGAUGAAGAAAGAAGACUACUACAGAGAUAAAUCCAUUCCUGAUUUUUCUUUUAAUUAUUAUUGAUAAUUUAAGUUAUUCAUGUGUUUUUUUGUGGGUGGGUGUCUUACCUAAGAAAGAAAACUAAUUUUAUUUUUUAUUAUUUUUUUUUCUGGCGUGAGAAGAUAAAAAAGCAGCAACACACACCCCCCGAAAGUUUUUGAUUUCAUUUUGUCAUAUCGAUAGCAAUAAUCGCUGUCUUACCAAGUCAAUGGAAAAAUUGUUGGAAACGAUUGAAAACGUUGGCCGAGUAUAAACAAACAAACAAAAAAUAACAACUUCUUUUCGUUUUUUGAAUUUUCUUUUAGAAAUCAUUGGUUGGAUACGCCCAAGCCCCUUUUGCAACUGAUUGUUUUUUUUUUCAUUUCAUUCAAAUUUCUUGAUUUGAUUACCAGUUUAUUUUUUUUUUAUUUGUCCAUUUGGAUUGGAACACUGAAUUUUUCUACUAGGCUUGCUGAUCUAACGUUGGAAGUAGAAAUAUGAAAUGGAAAACAAACACUUGCAAAGGAACGAAUAAUUAAUCGUGUCUGCGAGACAAAAGGAAAACAACACGUCAUUUGAUAAUGAAAAAUUUCUAUUAUCCUCCCAAAAAAAUAUUUGUUUUUCUCAAAAUCUUUCUCUAUCCCGAGGGAAGAAAAAAAUCACUCCGCCAUCAUCAUCAAAAUGGUUUUCGGCAAAAAGAUUUUUUUUAAUAAGAAUAUUUCCUCUUCUCUAUCUAUCCUUAAACUAUUAACCCCCCCGAAAAAACCAUCGUCUCCCACAAGCCGCGGUAUAUACUCUGGAGAGAUAAAGAACCUUGUGUGCUUCACUGCAGUAUUCUAUAUUUCACGUCGGGAACCCCAUGGACUUUAGCUUCUUCUUCUUCUUUAUUUCCCCCCUAGUUUUCGGUGGUUCCUUCCUCAUUCAGCAGGGCCAAACACACUUGGGAAUUUUGAUUCUUUUUCACCUUUUUCCUUUUAUUGUAUUUUUUUCUUUUGGCCCUCUUUCCCCACUAUGAAAGAGCGUGUUUGCCUUCUAUUUCCACCGAUCCCCUGGCCACCCUACAGUCCCGACAUAUGCAGUACUAGUACAUGUAGUUUAGUAGUCUCUUUCUGUUAGACAUUUUCCCUAUUGUGAUGAACAACGCACCACUGUAGUCUACUUGUGUGUGUCUGUAAAUUUGUCUCUUCACGAAAUCUAGUUCUUUUUUUCGUUUUAUGGGUUUUCCUCUUGUAGUGUCACGAUCAAUUGAAUUUAUCAGUAGAGUGGUAUACAUCUCGUGUAACCCGAUGCAUCUCUCUCACAUAAUGAAAGAAUCUCUAGACUUGUCUCUCUAGUAUAAUAUUUCUUUUCCCUAUUUUUUCUUAACGUUCUUGAUUGAUCCAGUAUCUUUUCUCUUGAUUUCUUUCGUGUGUAUGUUUGUGUGUGUGUCUGUGUGUGUGGUGUAGUAGUAGUAGACAUAGCCCUAUACAGCAUAGUAGUGUAGUGUCGGUGUAUAUUCUUCUCGGUCACGCAACACGCCCUUCCUUGUCCCCAUGUUUCUUUUCUCUAUUUUUAUUUUUUACACUGUCGUUGUUUAGUGUAGUCACGCCCGCGAAAUCUUUUGAGCUACUCGACUUGAACCGCAUAACAAGAACAACAUCUUCUAUAUAUUCGGUCGUCGAAUGAAUUUCGAAAAACAACGAUAACAAAUAAACCAAAACACACUGAA